AUGGGUCUCGGGGUCGAAGUACUGGUGCAGGUGCGUGAGGCUCCCCAACGGAGAGGUGACCUCGGUGCCCCGGGCCGGGAUGGAUCCAUUCCUGACCUCGACCAGCACAGCCUGGUACAAACACGCACCCUCACUGCCAUGAUGGGCCAACAGAGUCGCACUCGUGCGGCCUUACAAGGGCUAAACUACAGGCUCAGCAACAUGGGCGGUGGGUGCACGACCAAGAGAGCACGGGAGCUGCUGCGGAGAUUGGUGGCCCAGUACCACAUCGGAUCCGAGACGAGAUCUAGGGUACACGAGAUGGUCCUUGAUGCUGAGGCGACACUAGCUGGUCAUGUUGACGAUUCGCUGCUGGAAGAUGAGUGCACCGAUGAAGAUCGAAACUUCAUCGACGGGUGGUGGGCAGACCUCAAUGCCGCCCUCAACCAUGACGUUAACUCCCGCGAGGUGACGGCCUUCAGAUGUAUGGGGGCACGAGAGACUCAAGAGAUCGAACACGACAUGGAGGAGUCUCUGAUGCAGGAGCUGGCAAGAGAAGAAUGGGAGGAACACGAAGCGGCGCGAGCCCAGCAGAGCCUUGCGACUACGGAUGACAUCCCGGCUGCCCAAUACAGGUCCUGGGAGGACUGGGCAAUGUUCGAUGAAAUGAACAAGCCGAUGCCGACCAAGAGGCGACGUCGCACAGUGGACAUGACCGUCGAGAGUGGGAGCCAGGGGGCCUCUUCGUCUACAUCGCAAGCGACGGCAUCGUGCACACUGGAUUGGGAGGAGGGAGAAGAAAUCAGGAUCAGCCUCCGAGUCAGACCACAGCUGGCACGAGCUGAAACUGGGGCCACCGGUGCGUCUCCGGCAGGGGGGGCAUUGAAGCCUCAGGAAGCUGACAGCGAUGCGUCCACGCUUCUUCUACCAGAGCAAGCGCAACGAAACGACAGACCAGCCGAAACGGGUGGUGUGGCCGACUUCUCUGCAACCAAUGAUGCUGAACCGGAGCCGGCAAGGGCGGGGGCGGGAGGCUUCGGGGCGGACAGUGAGGCUUCCACCCUCAUCCUGCUGGGUCAUGGGCUGGAUGGGAUCGGUGAAGGGCCUGCUGAGCAAGCGGUGGACGACACACGGGUGCCCCAAGAGGUGAACAUGGGACCUGGAGCCCCGGCUCAGGUUGACGCCUACGCGGAGCAGCUGAGGCUGGAAUUUGCAGCGCAGGAAGAGGAGGACGAGGCGGAAAGUCGAGCUCGCCAGAAGACGGCAUGGGAAGCUAUGCUAGUGCAGAAUGCCGAGCGGAUCUUCUUCGAAACGGUCGACCAGGAUGUGCAACGGCUAAC